ACUACUUUCCAAGUCGUCCAUGGCGGGAACCCUGUUUCAUUCUGCCAUAUCUGCCUUCCAGCUCAUUUCCAAUUGACAUGAUUUCUUACUCCGAUUUCUCCAUAAAAAAUUCUCCCCAGUCUAAUUAUCUUGAAACCCAAAAAAAAUGGCUUCCGCGGCGAGUUUCGCUUGCCAGCUUCUCCUCCUGUUUCUUUCUCUUUCUGGAGUCCUCUGUUUCGCUCAGCCGGCUACUACGAGGGUGAUUAACUUAGGUUCCAGCAUAACUGCAGGCACAGGAUCCAAAUCCACGUGGAAUUCGCCUUCCGGCGAUUUCGCGUUCGGGUUUCACCGUCUUGCCUCCGGCAAAUUCCUCGCCGGAAUUUGGUUCGACAAAAUCUCUGACACAACUCUGGUCUGGUCCGCAAACCGUGAUGAUCCAGCCGAAAUCGGGGCCACUGUCGCGUUAACACUCAAAGGACAGCUGCUUCUCAAGCAUUCCAACGGGACCGAGCUCUUCAUUUACAACGGAACCUCCACUGGCUCGGCGGCGAUGCAAGACGACGGCAAUUUCAUCCUCCGAAGCUCCUCUGCUUCCGGCGACGUCGUGUGGCAGAGCUUCGAUUUCCCGUCGGAUACGAUUCUGUUGGGCCAGACCCUGGUCAUGGGUCAGAAGCUCUUCUCCAACGCAAACGGAACGGCGGAUUACUCCACGGGGAACUACAUGCUGGAGCUUCAAUCCGACGGUAACGUCGUGAUUUCGGCUUACAGGUUCGCCGAUCCAGGAUACUGGUUCACCUUAACGGCAGGGAAACAGAACGUGACCUGGGUUUUCAAUCAAACGACGGCGUUUAUGUACGUCAGGGACGACAAUUCAACUCUCUACCCAAUGACGACCCGAAUCCCAGGUCCGAUUCAAGAUUACUAUCAUCGGGCGGCGAUCAACGACAGGGGAAACAUCCAGCAGUUCGUCUACAACAAGCGAAACGGCACCAGAUGGACCGUCGUUUGGGAGCCGGACUCAAUCGGUUCGGAGCCUUGCCUCCCGUUCUACAUCUGUGGAGUGUACGGAUUCUGCACUUCGCUGGACAACAGAACCAUUGACUGCAAAUGCUUGCCGGGCUACUCUCCCUGGGAUCCGAAUGUGCCUUCCAAAGGCUGCUACCCGAAUGUGGCUAUCGAUUUCUGCGAUUCUACGAAUCCGAAUUCUCGACAAUUCGAUCUCGUCACCAUCGACAAUGCCGAUUUCCCCAAUGGACAGUUCGCCGACAUGGCGAGGCUCACUCCGUUGAAUGUAGAGCAAUGCAGGCAAGCUGUGAUGGACGACUGUUAUGCCGCGGCAGGGGUUUUGGUCGAAUCGAUUUGUUACAAGAAGAGAAUGCCCCUUUUGAAUGGCAGGAGGAGCAAUCCGUCCACCAACAACAUUGUGGCAUUCCUCAAAGUGCCUAGGAUCAACGGUACAACUAGUGGGAUUGAACCUCGGAAGGGGAAUGAUCCCCCUUCCAAGCUCUCGUUGCUGCUCGGGAUUCUUUCCUGCACUGCAAUGACUUUAGCUUUCGCGACGAUCGCGGUUUACCAUCACCCGUUCAUGCGGAGGGAUGAUAAAUCCGCUAUUCAGAGGCCGAGGGCAGUAGAGAUAAAUCUGAAGUCGUUUUCAUUUCAGGAGAUGCACGAAGCGACGAACGGGUUUCGAAACAGGCUUGGGAAGGGCGCGUUUGGGACGGUCUACAGCGGAAUCCUGACAUUGGAAGACGAGGAAGCUGAAGUGGCGGUGAAGGUGUUGGAGAAUGUGAUGGAACGAGGGGAGAAGGAAUUUCUAACCGAGGUUCAAGUAAUCGCUCUGACCCAUCACAAGAAUCUCGUCAGGCUUUUGGGAUUCUGCAACGAGAACAAGAAGCACCGCGUGCUGGUGUACGAGCUCAUGAAGAGAGGAACACUAUCGGAUCACCUGUUCGGGAACGCGGAAGAAGAGAGCGCGAGGAGGAAGCCAGGGUGGGAACAGAGAGCAGAGAUCGCAAUGGGAAUCGCCAGGGGAUUGGUUUACUUACACGAGGAGUGCGAGACGCAGAUCAUCCACUGCGACAUCAAGCCUCAGAACGUGCUCUUGGACGACAAUUACACUGCCAAAAUCGCGGAUUUCGGACUGGCCAAGCUUCUGAUGAAGGACCAGACGCGGACCAGCACCAUGGCCAGAGGGACCAUGGGUUACAUGGCUCCCGAGUGGCUCAAAAACGCUCCGGUGACCGUUAAGGUGGAUGUCUACAGCUUCGGGGUCGUGCUGUUGGAAAUUGUCUUCUGUAGAAGGCACAUGGAGCUGCAUCGAGUUUUGAGUGAUUGUGAUGGUGACGAGAUGGGAGGAGAAGGCGUGAUUCUGACGGAUUGGGUGGUGGAGUGUGUGAGGGCUGGGAGAUUGCAGGAGAUCAUCGCCGAGGAGGAUUCGGAAGCUUGGAAUGAUUACAGGAGGUUUGAGAGAACUGUGAUGGUUGGGUUGUGGUGCCUGUGUCCUAAUCCGAAGGACCGGCCGUCGAUGAAGAAGGUUGUGGCGAUGUUGGAAGGGUGCGGUGAAGUUGGUCUUCCGGUAGCGUUUGAAGCACACAUGGCUUGAUUAUUUUUAGAAUGAUGUAAUUGUAACCGAAUUCAAAUCAAAUUUUGUCUCGAACUUGAAAUAGAAUAAAAGAUCAAAUUGGUGAGAUUGAUCUCGAGUGUGGCAAUAUGAAGAGAUCUAUGUUAUCAUGUGUAUAUUAUCUUUAACUAGCUUUUUAUCCGGUCCGUUGGCCGGUGAGUUUAAUUUUAUCAUUUACAUUAAUCAAUUUAUAUAUAUGUUUAAACUAUUUUGGAUCUUCUAAAUUUUUUUACAUUUGCAUUCAUAUGUGAGUAUGCAGUGCGUCUAUAAAUUAAAAACUCUCAAUACUUAGCACAUUCACUUAUGAUGUUUCGAUUCUCUGAUCAUAAAUCAUGUCACAAAGAUGUAUCACGUCCCAUAUAGAAUCUUAUGUCAAGAUUUGUCAACAACGAUACUAAAUUUUUUUUAUCUUGUACAAUAUAUGUCAUUCAAUGAAUCUCGAGUUUGGACGAACUCUCAACCAAUGAUGUUGUUCAGAUGACGACAAAUAGUUAGAAUUUUUUAUAUAAAUGUACUUCAAUAUUAGAUAAAUUUGGUCAUCCCAAUUGAAAGUUUACUGUCUUAGUGUAAGAUCAUAUUUGUCGAUCAAGACAAUCAAUUUAAUAUCUUAUACAAUAUGUACCAAUUGUUGGUACCUAAAGUUUAAUUUUGACUCACCCUCAACUCAUGGUCGUUGUUUAGAUGUUGGUUUAGAAUAUCGGUCCAAGAUACUCACACACUAUCGAGGGUUCUAAUCUUAACAUGGUCCAUUAGUGUAUAAUUUUAUAACUUAUCAAAUAUGCAUUUGCUAAAAUUUAUUUAUCUUUGGUGUUUGUUUUGGGAUAAAAAUUACAUUACUUAUACUAAUAUCUUCAUUUUGUUGGUGUAAUGCCACAUCCCUUGCCAAUAUCUAAGCAUGAUAUUAUACUCUAAGUAAGAAAACGCUAUCAGAACUACGAAUUAACCAGAUUUGUGGGCAUGAUACUAUACCCUAACACUUGAUAAGUGAACCCUAGGUCUUAGUUAUAUAAAUCAUAGAGCUUAACCCCUAAGAUUGUGCAUGUAAUUUGUUGCAUAUUUUUUGACGAAUCAUGACCGUUGAUUUUUGUUUAUAAUUAAACUUAUCUUAGUGUAUGAGAUUUAUAAAUUUAAGACCUAGAUUUUAAUCUUUAAGGGUUUGAGAAUAAUACCAUAUGCCAAACUCCAGUCAAUUCGAGGUCUAUACAUCAUUUUCUUACUUAAGGUAUGUCAUAAUAUACAUAUAUAAAUAUAAAGAGUUUAAUAUAUUUUUAAGUGUAAU